AUGCCCGAGUUUGCGUUAAUCUCUAUAUCUUUUCAAGUUGGCAAUACAUUCACCGUCGCCACAGCGAAUUUCAUUCUCUCAUUGAUCAUAUGCACUAAACUAAAGCUUCGAACACAAGGGGAACUCCUCGUCAUCGCUUAUUAUUGUUUCAACGAGGCUCUGAAUGGCUACAGUGGCACGUUUUUUUCCUCUCGACGAGUUCUGAUGACCGUGUCGGAUGUUGCUUGGCCGCUUGUCCCACGAAUGGCGUGUGUCUUGAAUCCGGCGUUUGUGCUUUGGCUUUUCACCGGCUACUCGAUUCCGCUCGCCGAAAUCCUUCUGACUUUUGAUCGAAUUUGGGCUCUCUAUUUCCCACUUUCCUAUAGCAGAACGUCGCUUAAACGGGUUUUCAUCACGAUAAACGUAAUCUCUCUGGUCUCGCUUCUUCUCGCAAUAUUUGACAUCGCUGAGUCGUGGAUCGAGGAAAGCGGAAAAACGACGAUGAUCUCGCCGGGAUGCUAUCUUGAUGCUUUCACAAAAAUCACUUAUUAUGGGUCGUAUUUCGCAAAAGGCCUUUUAUAUCUCAUCUGCUGCACCCUCUACAUGCCGGUGCUAUGGAAAGUGAGAAAGAUCAUGAGCACUUCAAUGAAUCGAAAAAUGCGCGCGACCGUGAGAGGAUCUCUGGCGAUCGGUGAGACUUGGAACAAACUUGAAGCUCUUCGUGACUUGUACAGUGACUUUACAGGACACCGUUUUCCCGAUUUUGAGGAGCCU